UUGGCGAGAUUGUAGGUUUGGGUUAGGGUAAGCAUUGGGGCUAGGUCCAGGGUUAGGGCUGGGAUUAGCGCUAGCCCCCUGUUUACAUCUCGUAACCCUUGACGAAAAAUUGAGCUAGCCUUAACCGUUAGUACUAACUGUCUUUGUGGAGAACGCUAGAUUGGGAGACUGUUCAGUUCAGUAUAUAUAUAUUAUAUAUAUAUAUAUAUAUAUAACGUCAUAUUAUGUGGAUUGCGGGUUAGGGCAAGGGUUAGGCUUGGGUUAGGGUUAGCGCUGUUUACAUCUGGAGACUUUAUCUGCAGGUCCUAACCCUUACCCUAACCCAAAUAUAUGACGUCAUAUGUGCUGAAAUUGACAGGACCGUCUUCGAUCUAGCGUUCUCAUGUCUUAGUUGUCACGAAUGAUUUUUAAAGAAUAAAGAUACAGACGUCUGGAUAAUUGAGCCUUAAUUUUUUUCCCUGUUUUCUACUUUUGUUUUGUUGUCAUAAAUCGUGAGACCAAAGUCCGACAAAAAUGCUGCAAACAAAGACAUUUGCAAGUAACAUAUUUAAAAGUCAAAAUGCCGAACGCCUGUCUCUUUGCCGAAGUAUAUUUUUAUGUCAAGAAGGCAAACAGAAGUCCGACCUGCAGAAAAGCAGCAGACAACAAUCUGGAAACAGCGACAGUACUAAAAUGACAGAUAUUAUUUACAACUCGGAUCAUAUGCAGCUAAAACAGUCAUUACGCAAGAUAAUAGAUCAAGAAAUCAACCCAUAUGUUGAUCAGUGGGAAAAGGAUGGUCAUUUUCCUGCUAAAACUGUUUUUAAGAAACUAGGUUCAGCUGGUUUUUUAGGAGUUACAAAACCAACAGAGUAUGGAGGACUAGGUUUAGAUUUUACUUAUAGUGUGGCAAUGGCAGAAGAAUUGGGUAACAUAAACUGUGGUGGAGUUCCCAUGGCAAUUGGUGUUCAAACGGAUAUGGCUACACCAGCACUAUCAAGAUUUGGAAGUGACAAAUUAAAGAAAGAGUUUUUAGAGCCAUCAAUAUCUGGAGAUAGUGUAGCUUGUCUGGGUGUUAGUGAAGUUGGAGCAGGAUCAGAUGUAGCAAAUAUUAACACAAGAGGGAGUAGACAGGGAGAUGAUUUAAUAAUAAAUGGAGGUAAAAUGUGGAUUACUAAUGGUACUCAGGCUGAUUGGAUGUGUUUACUGGCUAAUACUGGUGAACAAAAACAACAACAUAAAAAUAAAUCACUCAUAUGUCUUCCAAUGAAUUCACCAGGUAUAACAAUAGCUAAGAAGAUAGACAAAAUGGGGAUGAGAUGUUCCGAUACUGCACAGAUAUAUUUUGAAGAUGUCAAGGUUCCAAGAUCACAUAUUAUCGGAGAAGAAGGGAAGGGCUUUGUUUAUCAAAUGUUACAGUUUCAAGAAGAAAGAUUAUACGCUACUGCUGUUUUGAUAUCUCCAUUGGAGAAUAUAAUACGCGAAACAGCUAAAUAUACACUACAACGUGAAGCAUUUGGUAAACCGCUUCUUAGUAACCAGGUUAUACAUUUUAGACUGGCUGAACUAGAGACUGAAAUCGAGUUAUUGAGAUCUUUAUUAUAUAGAACUGUAGCUUUAUAUAUAGCAGGUAAUGACGUUACUAAACUAGCGUCUAUGUGUAAGUUAAAGUCGGGACGAUUGGCUAGAGAAUUGAUCGACAGCUGUUUACAAUAUUGGGGUGGAAUGGGAUUCACCAAUGACGUAUUAGUUAGCAGAUUGUACCGAGAUUUUCGGUUGAUAUCUAUAGGCGGGGGCGCAGACGAGGUUAUGUUAUCUGUGAUUUGUAAAUAUCUUAACAUCUUACCUAAAUAAUCCACAUAUUGCUGAUAUUGUCAUUGGGCAAAAUAUAUUACCACUCUGAGUAAUUAUUGUAAAGGCGUAUUGAUUAUUAUGAACUUAAUAAAACGGAUGUAUUUUUUUUCUUUUAA